CGGCCCGGGGCGCCCGCUCCGCCGCCGCAGCGCGCAGAGCCGCCCCGCCGCGCCCGCCGCCGCCGCCCGCCAUGGGCUGCUCCAGCAGCGCCCCCCGCGCCCGCCGCCCCCCGGAGCCGCCGCCGCCGCCGCCGCCGCCGCCGCGGGCAUCAUCGAGUGAAAAUACUCCAAUUGCAGACAAGUAUGAAACCAUCCCUGACCAAACAAAGUUGGACCCAGCAGAAGAUGUGAGUCUCACCUCUGAGGAGACAAAACCGGGAGAGCAUCUCCCAGGAGAGCAGGCCAUUCUCAUUCCAGCGCUGGAAGAAAAGAUUGAUUCAGUCAGCAAAAGGGAGGAGCCGGAGGGCACUGAGCCCCUGCCUGCGGGAUUGGAGGACGGCACUGGGCCGCCGUCUGCAUGGCAAGAGGAGAUCACUGGGCCUUCACCACCAGCGCCAGGGGAAGACAAUGGGUCAUCACCAUCAGGACCAGCGGAGAACAGUGGGCUGGUGGAUGGCAAUGACAGCUCUGUAGUGGAAAUCAUCAAGAAAGAACAUAUUACUGAAGAGGACCAACUCAUUGAGGGUGAGACGGGAGAACAGGUGGAAACUGAGCUGCUCAGUGAGAUAGUAAGUGAAGGGUCUGAAACAAAAGAAGAAGAAACAGGAGAAGCUGUGGAUGGUGCAGCAGCGACAGAGAUAGAGACAGCUAAUAAUGAGGAAUAGAAGUUAUGUCUAUAUGAACAUCCUCUUCUUGUGCCUGCUCUUCUGUCUUCAUGAACAUUCAUUAAUUUUAUUGGGUUGGGAAAAUAGAAAAGUUUUUAUGGACUUUGCCACAAACAUGAAUAAGAGGCAGGAAAAGUUUUAUAUACUAUAUAUUUUUUGAGGUCAAGCUGCCAAGACUUCAACCGUUUCAAAUGCCUGAGCUUUCACCUCCCUGCCACAGUGCCUUCUGUACACUGCCAGUGCAGCGGGAUCAUUUUCUGACAACGCUAUACUCAUUCUGUUUUCAAUUAGGACUUUUCCCGAGGCCAGAUAAUUAACUUAAAACCUGAGCAGACACCUUUGAAACCUUCAACCAGCAUUAUAUAGGAUAAAAAAUGUAGCAUAGCACUUUUUUUUUUUAAUGGUAGUGUGUGUAAAAAGUCAGAAAUGAAAGUCUUGGUGCUGUGAACUUGUAUACACAUAGAUAAUUUCUCUGAAGGCCUGGACGACUGGUUAUGGAGUUGCUCCAGUGUAUGGCAGGUGGAGGAAUGGAAUCUGAGAGUACCUCUUUACUGGGCUGUAAUUAAAUGCACUGGUCAUUUCUUCAGAAAAUGAAACAUAUACAGGGUGCAAUAUCCAGUAACCACGUGGGUGUCCUCUGCCAACCUCUAUUUUAAACACAAAUUUAUUGAAAGAACAGCAUUAUAGCUUAUAUGUUAGUUCAAUCACCCUUACAGUAAAAAGGAUUAGCUUACUACCAUCACCAAAUUAUAAAAAUCCCCUCUAAGAACUAACUUCUGUGCUGCAUGUGCACAUAUGACUCCAGCUGACUUUGGUUCCUAUUAAAUAAUUUAAUUUAUAUCCCUGGCCUAUCAGGUUUUUACUUUAUCUGUUAUAUUUUGGUUAUAUCUAAAAGUUUCUGCUUAUCAGCAGUCUGUUCAGUCUACAGAUAUCUCAGCUUUAUUUAAGGUCACCUACUAAUGUUGCCUGUAGGAGAGAACCAUAAACUUUUAUGAUCAAAAUGCACACACUUUUUUUUUUUAAGGAUUUUUGGUAAGUGGAUAUUGCAGAGGCUUGUUUUUUGCUUUUUUACUAGCCUUCUACAUUAGAGAACUUAAGGCAAGCAGUUAGUCCUAUUAAGCAUCUAAUAUUGACGCAGAAGUAUGAAUUAAAAAUUCAAACAGGUAGCCAAACUUUUUGUCCAUGUACUCAAAUCAUUUCAUGACAAAGAGCCAUAAGACACAUAUCAUACACUCCAAAGAGCUGAGAGGCAGGAGAGCAGUUAAGGAGCAGCACAAAGGCCCCUGGGAUGAUACAGCUGGGGUCCAUGGUGACCCAGCAAUUUCACCUUCAGCUGCUUCUGGUGGUUAGUACCCUCCUGUAAGCUGGGGAUUCAGUUUAGACACCAGCACCUGUGCCAGCAUGGUCCUGCUCCCAGUCAAAGAAAUAACAUAGGCAGGGGAGCCACACUUGCUGCCUGUAAGCUGUAUGUUAGAUCAAGAGUUACAGUUUGACCAGCUAUAUUGAACAACUGUAAAGUAUAAACCAGUUCCAUGACAGAGAGAGCAUUGACAGCAGCAGAAGAGAUUGCACUUGGAAAGAAGAUACGAUGCUACGAAGGAGCCUCUGUACACUGCAGAGCCACUGUUGUUACCAAAAAGACAUGUGACACUACAUUUUUAUCUCAGCGUUCAGCUUUUUCAAGACAUUCAGCAAUUGUAAUUGGGAACAAGAGGAGUAUAAGCCAGUCAGUGACUCAACAUCUCAGUCCUUAUGUAUUUUGUGGUUACAACUGAUAUAAAAGCUGUUUUAGCUUUUCCUUUCUAAAAGCUGAAAUAUGCCCAACAUAUGAAAUGUUAAUCACAUAAAUUACCAUAAGAUCAGAACUUGGCUGCUAGACUUAGGCUGAACAACCCUACUUUGAGAAAUAAGACAAUCACUAUUCCACUAGGGCCCAGACGUAUUUAUGUUCCAUUAGCUACCAAAUCAUGUACCAUGCAUAAAGGGCCAAAAUAUGUGCAGUUGUUCACCUCUGCAGACCUCUGACUAUCAGAGAUUGCCAAGAGCAGAAAUUGGUCUGUGUAUCAAAGAGCUUUCUCGUGUUAAAGGCUGAGAAGAUAUGCUCCAGUGUUUGUGUUUACAGGUUAUACCUCCAGAGCUGCAGCAGUAUACCUCAGCUUUUUUUUUUUUAAUAUAUAAUCAACAUACAAACCCAUCUUCAGAAAUGUUCAUAAAGAUCUAGACAAUCUUCAGCCUUUUACUUCUUCCAAGUUAGUGUAAUCAUUCCAUGCCACAGAGAGUGCUUGACUUCUUCAAGGAACAAACCUAAUCACCAAGCUAACAAGAAACCUCUGGUAGGAAUUUUGUUUCAAUUACCAAUACACAUAGCCCUAGAACAGGUUAAUUUUGGACCCUGUCAGCUCUAUGUAUGCACACACUGUAUUAGGAUCCCAGAAUAUAUUUAGCAAUCUAGCUUGCUAGAGUCUGCUCUUUCACUUAACAUGCACCUGCUUUCAGAAAAAAACUUCAGCAAAUGUGAGGUCCUUAUAGCAGAAGAUUAGGGCAAUUUAAGUUUUGUUAUGCAUUUUAACAGAGAACAAAGUUCUGUUAAAAGUAGGUACUGAAGUUUGAUUUUUGUAUUGUUUAAUCUAUAGCGAACAUAAUCAUUUGGGGAAAAAAAUUCUAAAAGAAACACCUGAUGGAAAAUGCUAAUUUAAGUAUUGCGUUACUAUCACAGCAAUAUAUUAGAUGAGCUUUUUUCUUUUUAAUAUUUACACGAUUGAAACAUUUUACAUGGUGAAAUUAAUAUGGCAAGUGAAAUUGCAACUUCACAUUGUGCAUGCUAGCGGCUCAGUCUAGCUAACAGAAAUGGCUACAUUUAACUUAGCUCCAAUUAGAAUGAUUUCAUACAUGUUUAUGUACUUUGCUGAACUGAGACCUAAGAGAUAUCCACAAUAUUUGCUUUUCAAAUAGAAUUAUGGGGCUUUGCCUUUUUAAAAACAUAUCAAGUAAUGUAACACUGCUUAAAAAGUACAAGUUUUUGCCAUCUAUAUGGAAGGCUGAUCAUUUAGGUUAAGAACUGCUAUGUUAGAGCUAUAAAUAAAAGUGUUUAUUUCAGUUAUUUUAGAAUUCCUCUACUGGAAGAAUUCAUAUUUAGGCUUGAAUUGUUCAAGAAUGUGCGUCGGGUCCCCCACUCAAAGCUAAAGAAACUUACAGCUAACAGUGGAUUUUUGUUCCUGACUUUUUGCAAAAUUGCACCUACUUAUUGAUACAAACAUUUUUAAUGUAAGUAAUCUGUUGUGUCUCACGAGUAGCAUCUGGCCUGUGUUCUUACAGGCGCUUCUCUUACAUUUCAGUCUCAGUUUGCAUCUUGCUGGGAAAAACCAGUAGUAUAUUCAUACCCCUCUGUACCAAUGAAGGCACCAAAAGAAGUUCUGUAAAGGACUUUAAAUCAGCAAACAGGGAAGUCAGCACAAAAAAAAAAUCAAAACUGCCAUCUAGUGUUAGGUUUAGGCUGGCAAAGAGGCAGCAUAGCACAAAUAAGGCAGCUGGUCACACUUAUGAGGUAAGAAGGGAUAACUCUAGCUAUACAAGGCUGACCUUAGCUUAUUUUCAACACUAUUGAUACCUGCUGAUGGUGAACUCAGCUAAUUCUGCUACAAAUAAGUUAAAUAUAUUCCAACAAAGUAACUACAACUGAGAAAAGCAAUAAAGAAAAACAAAAAAUAUGAAUUGGGAACCUGCUUAAAUAAUAUAACUCUAUUCGAUUACAUUAUCCCUAAUUAACAAAAGUGAAGUAACAUUUGUUCAAUGUUUCCUAUAAAGUCAUUGUCAUGUUACCACUCACUCCUUCCUAGUAAGUCUGAUGGUGUUUCUGUUUGGUUAGCUGGGAUUGCUUCCUCAGUCAAAGAACUACUACCGAGCUGUAGAAGAUGAAAAACUUGAAUAGUAUAGCCAAAGAGAGAGAACAAGAAAGAAGCUGGGACUAAUAGCAUUUGUGAGUAGAAAGCUUAUAUGCAGAAAAGCCAGGCACUUUUCAAAAGCUGUUGCUUAGAAUUUAUAUCAUAUGAUACAUUAAAUACAUUCCCCUGCCUCUCUUAAAGGUAAUUAUCUCCUAUUUUGGAGAUAAAGGAAAGCAAGAUAUGGCUGUAAAAAGCCAUAUAGUUGUACAUACUUGUUGUGACAGUCUCCUUAUUAAUCUCUUUUCUUUAAAGACACAGAUUAUGAACUCAGUGGAAAGCAGGAGAAAUACCCAAUUGAAGCCAUAUUUGGAAAGGCUGACUGUUUUCACAAGUUUCUGUGUAAUACUGCCUAAAUAUUGCUAAAUACUGCUAAAGCAAUACCAGAAAGGCCUUAAAAAUAUGAAAUACAGUUAUCAUAACAGUGCAACUAAAGUAAUGGGAGCUAGAGAGUAGGGCUGACAAGCAGGAAGGUAAGAGACCACUGGUGGGACGUUCAUAGUUUAUCAAGGGAUCAAUAUGAUUCACAAAAGAUUGUUGUGGAGGUUUGUUUGCAGGAGGAUGGUCAAACUGAGCAGUAUCUGUAUAUGUCAUUUAAAGAUAUAUACUGAUACUAGGUAUAUACAGAUAGCAACUGAACACAUGCUGCUAUAUUGGAGUUUUCUUGUGUGCUUAGCCUACAAAGUCAUUAACCAAUUAAGUGCGUAAGAGAUGAUCACCAAUAGGCAUUUUGACAUCAUGCUUAGAAAACAAGUGAUAGGCACAUACGAGAACUGCAGUUUGGAUUUAAGUUACAGACGGCUCAGCCCACAGUGCUGUCACUUGACCAAUGGCAAACCUACAUCAUGCCCUCACCCUGCUGUACUGCUGUAAUAAGGAUGUUGGAGUGACAAAUCCAGUGCUGAGUCAGACUUUGUGGCUUACCAAAACUGAGCAAGUUUGGUCACAAGAAGAGAUUGGACUAGAAAUGGAUGCUGGAACUGUCACUCUGGAAAGACCAGCCUACAAGUCUCCCUCUCAUAAUAUGGCUGAUAAAGCUACAGCUGAAAUGGUGCAUUCCCUAAGCUGCCAUGUGUAUCUGUUUUUACUUACUAUAAGACAAAAAUGAAGAUGUGGGAUAAUGCUACUGUCACUGUAUAUACAUGUAACGGAUGGCCAUCUUUGCAGAAGAGAACAUAACAAAGAUGUUCAGGCCAACAGACUGUCAGCAAAGAGAAUUUUUGUUCAUUUGCACUGAAUAAACCAAUAUUGGGUUCUGGCACAUGGCUAUGGGGAAGACAAGAAAUCCAGUGUACCAUGAGAUAGCUUUAACCUAUCAAGUUCUUUAAAAACACAGUAUCCAUUUCUACUUGUUUAGCUAGAAGAUAAAUGCAAAGUGAUGGGAUAACAUGCCAUCACCAGUCUGACUCUCAAUAUUGUUUAAACACUCUAUCAAGAUGAUGCUGUUCUUCUGUUCUUAACUGGAAGAACUGCCAAAAACUAAUGUCACCGUAGCUAAAAGCUUCUUAUCUUGGAAGACUAUUUUCAUCCUUAGCUAUUAGGAGAUAGACAAUAAAUCUAUUUUUUUGGUUUGAA